AUGGCAUCCGUCAGCGCUGAGCUCGACAAGCGCAAUGAGCGCCGCAAAUUGAAGCAAAUCGCCAGUGAAUUUGCACGUACGGACAAGGAUGGCAGUGGUGAUAUCGAUCUUCAGGAAAUCGGCGAAGCCCUCAGCAAACUUGGCAAGUCUGUCAACCGCGCUGAGCUCAAGGCCGCCAUUCGCCGCGUUGAUGAUGACGACUCGGGUACCCUCCGCUAUCGCGAGUUUAUCAACCUGAUCCUCCUUGAAACUGGCUUCAUCUCGGACCCAGUGGCAGAAUCUGCUCGCAAGACAAGCCUGGGCGUUGGCCUGGGUCGCGGUAAGCGCAAAGGUGCUCUCAAGAAGAAGAAACGUGGACAGAUCAAACUCAACGUUAGCCUCAACUCCAAUGGCGACAACGUGGACAUCUCGGUCGAGGUCCUGCAAGCCGCAAACCUGUUGCCCGCUGAUAUCACGGGCCUGGCCGAUCCCUACGUCAAAAUGUACAUCCAGCCCGACCCCAGCAAGAAGACCAAGCAAAAAACCAAGGUCGUCAAGAAGUCUCUCAACCCAGAAUGGAAUGAAAAGUUUACGUGGACCCUGAGUAGUGCCACCAAGCUAGAGCACCGCUUCCUCACCAUUGAGGUCUGGGACUGGGAUCGCAUCACCCGUAACGACUUUAUGGGAGCCAUGGCUUUCGAGCUGAAGGAACUCGAGGACCCGGAUACCAUCAAAGCUGGCUGGUUCAUCCUCCUGGACCAGGAACAGGGCCGCUUCUUCAACUUUCCCAGUGCCAUCCAGCCAAAGUCAGUGCGCCCCGCUGCGCCCGCGCGUGGACAUUCAGUGCGCGCCCGUGACUCCAAGCUCUCGUCCACCCCCAAGAAGUCGGGCCUGCGCGUUGAGGACUUUAAAUUCGUCAAGGUGCUUGGACGUGGCUCCUUCGGCAAGGUGUUUCUGGCCGAGCGCAAGACAGACCAGAAAAUGUAUGCCGUCAAGGCCCUGAAAAAGGUCCGCGUGAUUGAAGACGACGACGUUGGUGCCACCAUCACUGAAAAGGAGGUGCUCGCCCUGGGUGCCCAAGCCCCCUUUAUGGUGCAGCUCGUUGCCUCCUUUCAGAACCAAGACCACCUCUUCUUUGUGAUGGAACUCGUGGCCGGCGGUGAUCUCAUGUUCCACGCCAUGAAACACGGUGCCUUUUCGGAAAAGGCCUCCGCCUUUUACUCCGCGGAGAUUAGCGCCGGUCUGAUGUACCUGCACGAGCGCGGCAUCUUGUAUCGUGACCUCAAGCUCGACAACGUUAUGCUUGACGAGGAGGGCCACGUGCGCCUGGCUGAUUUUGGUCUCUGCAAGCAAAACGUGGCCCCAGCGGACGGCUCCACGCAAACGUUUUGUGGCACCCCCAACUACCUUGCCCCCGAGAUUGUGUCGUACAAGCCGUAUACAAAGGCCGUGGACUGGUGGUCCCUCGGCGUUAUCAUGUUUGAGAUGAUGAACGGCAUUGUCCUCUUUGAUGGUCAGUCGGAGAAGGAGCUCUACCGCAACAUUUUGAAUCAGCAGAUCGAUCUGCCUCGCACCAUGAGCGCUGAGGCUCGAGCGACCGUGUCAGCUUUCUUGACGCGCCGCCCGGCUGAACGCUUGGGUGCUGGUCCCAGUGAGCGUCGCGAUGUGCAAGCGACCCCCUUCUUCAAGGACAUCGAUUGGGCCAAGCUGGAGAAGCGCGCCGUUCCCCCGCCCUUUGCGCCCAAAGUGCGCGGCGCCAAGGACGCUAGCAACUUUGACCCCGAGUUUACGGCCGAAAAGCCGGUUCUCACGCCUGAGGAUUCUCGUGCUUUGGCCGCCAUUGACCAGGCAUUUGCCGGUUUGCUUCGGUGUCCUGCCAACCAAAGCUUCCAAAAACGCAUGGCUACCCAUCACCACCACCGCAAACAUCCUCAGUAA